CGAUUGAGUCCUACACAAACUAAAACCCUCAUCUUUCCCUAUAAAUAAUAGGCCAGAACCUACGUUUUCUUCAUCCCAAAAAGCUACGAAAUAUACAUACAUAUAUAUAUAUAUAAAAAUUGCGACCCAUCGUUUUAGCCAGAACCAAGCAGUGAAAAUACUUCCCAAACCUUCCCCUUCGUGAUACGAAUCCAACGGAAAAAGAAUCGUCGAAAUCGAUCGUGAAACGAGGAAGAAAAGCCUCGCCGGAGUUUCGCCGGGGAAAAACAUUUCGACGGAAAACGGAGAAGAGGGAGGAGCUGCCGCCGCCGCCGUACCACCUCUGACCUUCGCCGCCCUGCUACCACCAUUUUCGGCCGUUCGCUCGUCCAAACGGAGUGAAUACUUAGAGACCCAAAUUGAAGAAGAGAAUUAGGAGCAUCGGGACUUAAGGUGUUGAGUUGAUCGAUGUUGAAGUUGAUUUCGAGAGAAGAGCUUCCGCUAGAAAACAUUAUUAGUAAAUCAUUGUAUUAGCCGAGAAAGAGAGGAAAGAGGCUGAAGCUAACAAGGUGCAUCAUGAGGCUGAAAAUGGUGCUCCAAAGGAAAUUGUUGUAGAAAAAGUCCAAGACAAAGGCAAGCAAGUCAUUAUGGAAGACGAUGACAAGUAUCCUCGGCCUAGCAAGUCCCCAUCAAAGGAGCAUCCGUUUUUCAAGCUUCUAAAAUGUGUUAAAUAUGGGAAGAGAAGACCAAAGAAAGGGGAGAGGGCUAGAUCCCCCGGGUACACUACACAAGAUGAGGAAGAUGAUCAAGAUGACCAAACCGUAAGAAGUGUGAAAGAUUUUGAUGAGAUAUACUCGGAUGAAGCAAUUAUUGACAUGGACCCGGCAUUGGAUUUUUCUAGUCCAACUAUCAAAGUCAAGCAUGUAGAAGAGGUGGAAAAAGAAGCAACUAUUAUCAAACUUGGUCACAACUUGAACUUAGUUGAAAAACAUGAUCCUGGUGUAUCUUUUACAAAGGAAUGUCUUGAAAGCUUACCGGAUGUUACACAAGUAGACCAAGGGUAUGCUUUCGGCCCAUCAUUUAUGAGAGGAGUUUAUAGACAUUAUCUUAAUAGAUUCUUUGAAGGGGGCUGCCCAAGAGGAAACUCAUGCAAGGUGAAGGAUCCUAGGAAGGUCAAACUUGAUCGAACCCGUGUGGUACAUGAUAUAAGAGAUGCCUAUCUUGAUGAUGUCAUUGCUAAAGUGGAAAUUUUUGAAGACCAGCCGCCAAAUAUCCAUCUUAGGCACCUUGAUGAGGUCAAUGAAAUGAUGGUUAGACUUGACAACUAUCUAAGUGUUCAAAAUCAAGCUUCGAGCACCAAAGCCAUCAAUUUCACUCAAGAAUGUCUAAGAUCUCUACAGGGAACCAUUCCAACCGAUGAAGGGUAUGUCUUCACUGCCUUUGGCCGAGGGAAGGAAUGCAAGGAAAGGAUGGAGGAGGCCUACCACCAAAUCUUCUUAAUGACACUAGUAGAAAAAUGGUCUAUAGUGACACUAAAUUAGUGUCACUAAAAGUUUUAGUGACACCAUAAAAGUGUCAACGAAUGGUUGGAACUCUGAUACUAGAAAAUGUGUCACUAAAAAGUAUCAGUAAAUUGUGACACGUUAGUAUCAUAAAAUAUAGUGAUACAUUUGCAUUGGUAUACUUAACGAUAUUUUGAUAUCAUAUAAAUUAGUGAUA